AACACUAACACACACACACACAGAGCCGAGGCCACAUGUUCAGCAGCCGUCCUGUUGCAUCCACCAUAGAUGAACCCAAUGAACUCUGCAGGGAGAGAGCAGGCAGCUAACGGCUGCUGGGAGCAAAGACCAGAAGAGAAGCGGAGCAGAACUCAGAGUCCAUUCAAUGAGAGGAAUCUGAGCAGAAAUCAACUCAAAUCAAGAGAUCUGGAGGGUCCAGCUAAGUGCUUCCAGCAGAGACAGAAGGAGGAGCCUUCCAGCUCAGAGAGGGCAGAUCCUAACUCCCUGCUGCUUCAACAAGCUGUGAUGAGCACCACCUGCAGCACUGCAGAGCCCCAGCAGCAGAGGGCGGGGCUGCAGGAUAUGGAGGACAGCACAGAUCCAAAGAACUUUGUUUCAAGCCACAGAUGGACAUCAAGCAAUGCGAGGUCAGCGCCGCCGGAGCAGAGCCAGGCGGACUCCUUCCUGACCGCAGCCCGGAUGGCCCGUGAAGGACUCCUGGAGGACGGCGGCUGGAGAACAGGACAAUGUUCAACACAUAAAGCUCCUCAGUCCAACUCACAGCAAAGCCACACAGCGUUUUUAUUUAGGGACAUCAGGGUCAGACGGUACAGCGUCAUCUCCAGGGAGAAGACAGAGAAUAAAGAGGAGAAACGGAACCCUGAAGGUUCCAAAAGGCCAGCAGGUAGACAGAAAGCAGGGUGGUUCAGUGGCUGUAGGCAGCCUGCAAGGUUUAAGGUGGCAGUUUUACCUGUAAUAACCGAGGUUUAAACUCUACAGAUAUGUCGGCUUCCAGAUCCGCUAGUCAUUUAUUUAAAAGUUUAACACAGAUGUAAAGGUAAGAAACCAACGGCAGUUUAGUUUAGUCUGAGAUCAGAUAAAGUCCACCUUUAAAUUGUGGCUUUGUCAGAUUAUAAACUUUGGUGAUGGAACAUAGAGUUUAAGAUAUUAGAACCAAAAUGAGACAAAAGAACUGAGAAUAUAGGAAAGUUUUUACCCAGUUAUUAAAUACAUUGUCAUUAACAGCCAGAUGUUAGAAGAGGGACAUCUAGUGGCUGAACAUGAAAACAGCCUGACUUUAAAGCUUGUAGGUCAGCUGUUUCUGUCAUCCCCAUCUUUACUGUACUGUGCCAUUUGAAUAUUAGAUAAUUGCAUGAGUAAAAAUAUAUUUUCAACACCU